AUGUCAUUCAUCACAGGCACCACAGAUUUUCAUUAUGCGGGCGAGAUAUUCAAGACUUGGUACAAGGUUGUAGGAAGCUUGGAUAGUACUCAGCGCCCGCUGAUUGCCUUACAUGGAGGGCCUGGAAUGUCACAUGACUACAUUCUACCUCAUUCAAGAUUGCAUGAGCUCUAUGGGAUUCCAGUGAUCUUCUAUGAUCAAAUUGGAAUAGGGAAAUCAACACACCUUCCAAAUAAGCCCAAGGAGUUCUGGACUUCCGAGCUUUUUAUGGAUGAGCUAGAGAAUCUGCUCCAAUCACUUGGUGUCUCAAGUGAUUUUGACCUUUUGGGGUGUUCUUGGGGUGGAAUGCUUGGAGUUGAGUGGGCAGCUAAACGUCAUCCUAAAGGACUGAAACGACUUCUCCUGAUUGGAACACCAGCCUCAAUGGAGUUAUGGGUAGAGUCUCAGAACAAGUUGUUGCAGGGUCUGGACAAGGAUGUCCAUGAGGCACUUACAAAGCAUGAGCAAGCUGGGACUACCCAUGAUCCAGAAUAUGAGGCUGGUAUGGGAUUGUUCUACAAGAAACAUGCCAAUCGUCUGGAAACCUGGCCUGAAGAACUUCUAAAAUCUGUUGCAAGUACAGCGGAGGACCCCACAGUGUAUCAUACAAUGAAUGGCCCCUCUGAAUUUUGUAUCACCGGUUCUAUCAAAACCUGGUCGGUUAUUGACUUGCUGGAGAGCGUUGACUAUACAACCCUUAUUACAAACUCGGAGUAUGAUAUGGCACAGGACAUCACCAUCCUGCCAUUCUUUAAGCGCCUUGCAAAGGUUAAAUGGGUCAAAUUCCAUAAUGCAAGCCACCACCCAUUUUGGGAAAUUCCCGAAGAGUAUUUGAAAGUUGUAGGGGAAUUUUUAACUAUGUAA